GGUAAAGCGUUUAGAAAAGAAAAAAAGAGGCUUCCAUUAUUGUCCGAAUCUUCUUCGCGUCUCUCAACAACAACAACACCACCACCUCUUCCUAACUUCUUCACCUCAACUUUCCCGAAAAUGAUUCUCCCGUAAAAUUCCUCAAACUCAGAUUAUGUUCCCAUGAUCAAUUAUCUCUUGAACCCUUUAGAUCUCACCGGAAUCGCAUGACGAUCCGAAGUCUGAUCCAGGAAAUGCGGUCCAGGCCGCACCGUGUGGUCCACGACGCAGCCUCCAUCGCUCCUGCUUCGGAGCCUUUCCGAUGGUCGGAGCUCCCGGAGGAGCUACUUAGAGAAAUCCUGAUUAAGGUUGAGUCGGCGGACGGCGGCGAUUGGCCGUCUCGGCGAAACGUGGUGGCUUGCGCCGGCGUCUGCCGUGCCUGGCGGCUGCUCAUGAAGGAGAUCGUAGCUGUUCCUGAACUCUCCUCUAAAUUGACUUUCCCAAUCUCUCUCAAGCAGCCUGGCCCAAGGGAUUCUCUGGUUCAAUGCUUCAUAAAGCGUAACCGAAAUACGCAAUCGUAUCAUCUCUAUCUGGGGUUAACCAACUCUUUGACGGAUAAUGGGAAGUUUCUUCUUGCUGCUUGUAAGCUGAAGCGCGCAACUUGCACUGAUUACAUCAUCUCGAUGCGCUCAGACGACAUGUCAAGGAGAAGCAACGCAUAUCUCGGCAGAGUAAGAUCAAACUUCCUUGGAACGAAAUUCACGGUCUUCGACGGUAAUCUGAUGCCACAGACCAGAGCAGCGAAGAUGCUGAAGAGCCGCUCUUCUAAUCUCAUGAAAGUUUCACCUAGAGUUCCUCAGGGAAGUUACCCCGUUGCUCACAUUUCAUACGAGUUAAACGUCUUAGGCUCCCGGGGACCAAGAAGAAUGCGUUGCAUAAUGGAUACAGUACCAAUGAGUGUCUUGGAGCCCCGAGGAGCAGCUUCAACACCUAUAAGCUCCUUUUCCACUCGAUCAUCAGCCUUCUUUAGGUCUCACUCGAAACCGAUACGCAGCAACAGUGCAUCUUGCAGCGACUCAGGCAACAACAACUUGAGAGACCCACCAUUGGUCCUGAGCAAUAAGACUCCAAGAUGGCACGAGCAGCUACGUUGCUGGUGCUUAAAUUUCCAUGGACGAGUCACAGUGGCUUCGGUUAAGAACUUUCAGCUUGUGGCGGUCAGGGAUUGUGAAACAGAGCAGCCAUCUGAGAGGAUUAUACUACAGUUUGGGAAAGUCGGGAAGGACAUGUUCACCAUGGAUUAUGGAUAUCCGAUUUCUGCGUUUCAAGCGUUUGCGAUUUGCCUGAGCAGUUUUGAGACCAGAAUCGCCUGUGAAUGAUGAAAGAGACGUCACCUUAAACAACUCCUUGUACUUGUCCAUAAAUGGUGAAAUAUUUGUGAAAAAUCUCAGGAUCGUUGAUAGCUUUGUCUGGAUUGUUCACUAUCAUUCAAAUCUGUCUGUUGUAUCUUAUCCUUUUCGCAGAGAUUCUAAACCCCGUAAAAUCUCGUCUGUGUUAACAUAUUUCUACUUGUAUGUGUGUGUGUAUAAAUUCCUGUAGAAUGCCAAAUAUGUAUAUAGUCUG